AUGUCAUCACCGUGCCUCAGCAGCAUCCUGACUCAUGCCAACCUCACCAUGUAUCACACUGGCCUCCCUGACGUACAGCCCAGUGUGCUUCCCAGUAUCAACACCCUGCAGAUCAGCAGUUUAUCAUACAGCUCAAACAUAAGCGGGCAGUUGUACAGGCAGCUCAGCCCUCACUUCUGGACAGAAGACCACGUUCUGGAGUGGAUCAGCGACCAAGUAGAGAGCACCAAGUUUGAUGCAAGCACCCUGAGUCUGGCCUACUGCACUAUGGACGGCCCUGCUCUCUGCCAGAUGAACCGGGACGAGAUGAUUGAGGUCUUCGGCCCACAGCUGGGCCUACACCUCCAGCAGAGUCUGCAGGAACACAAGACCAAAUAUGAGCUGCAGAGCCUGUCAGGACCAGAGCUGAACGAGACCUGCCUGCUCCUGGACAACUUCCUGGACAACCUAAACUUCCCUUUGCUCAGCAGCAUUAGAAUCGGCCAAGCUGAAGAAGCCAUUUGCAAGAGGCAGUUGGCUUACAGGGAUGACUAUGAACUUACUAGUCUGACCAUGAAGCCCAUGACAGCUCAUGACACCGAGUACCUGUCUGAUAACCCGUCUGACAGCGAGUGCAGCUCCUCCUCCAACAGUGGCAUGUUGGACUUCUCAGGCCUCAGCUCCACGGAGUCUGGCAGCAGCGAGUCAGAUCCGGAGUUCUCCUACCCUCUGAUUUCAAAGACGCACAUCAAAACAGAGAAAGGAGAGUCUCGGCUGAAGCGGCCACGGGGGCGCCCUCCCAAAGUCUGCAGAGAGCACAGCAGCAGCAUUUAUGACAAUCCAAAGAGAAAGCAACACGCGCCUCGUGGCACUCACCUGUGGGAGUUCAUCAGGGACAUCCUGAUCCACCCAGAGAGAAACCAGGGCCUGAUGAAGUGGGAGGACCGCCGCGAGGGCGUGUUUAAGUUCCUAAAGUCCGAGGCUGUGGCUCAGAUGUGGGGCCAGAAGAAGAAGAACAGCAGCAUGACAUACGAGAAACUCAGCCGUGCCAUGAGGUAUUACUAUAAGAGGGAGAUCCUGGAUCGAGUCGACGGCCGGAGGCUCGUGUACAAAUUUGGAAAGAACUCCAACGGCUGGAAGAUUGAGGAGAUUGGCAUGGGCAUGUGAGGUGUCAGUCAUUGAGCGGGUAGAAACCAAAAAGCCAGUAAGAUCAGUAUUUCAUGAACUAUAAAUAUCUGUGUGGCCUUUGUGGAGAAAAUAAACUUGCUGCCCCAGAUGUUUAAGACACUAACUUCCUCUUACAAGGAAGGUGUUGCAGAAAAUGUAAGCCAGUUUUUUUGGCUCUAGUAGGUUUUAUGAACCGAUAUUAAUGUUGUAUUUUGUUUUUUUAAUUGUCAUUGGAAUAUAGUUACUAUGUGUGCAGUAACUAAAAUCGACAUAGUUUUGGAUGCUUGUGAGUUUCUGUAAGCAC